AUGACCAAGUACAACAAGCUGGCUGGGACGCACGUGCUCGUCAUUGGGGGAACGAAGGGCAUCGGGCGAGGUGUAGUCGAUGCGUCGCUAGAGGCUGGAGCACGGGUUACAUUGGUCGGAUCAUCCCAGCGAAGCGCUGAUGCUACUGUAUCUGAAGUAAAGAUUAGCUAUCCCUCGGCACUAAUCCAGGGAUUUGGAUGCGAUUUGUCACAAGGUACCGUCGAGAGUGACCUCGACGAUCUUUUCCGAAAAGUUGGUGAGGUCAACCAUCUGGUAUAUACGGCCGCAGACUCUUUGACGUUGGGUAGCCUCAACGACUUUACCGUUGAAAUGAUCCACAAGGCAAGCCACAUGCGCCUAGUCGUACCGGUCCUGGUCGGCAAGAUGGCUGCCCGUCACCUACCAAAGAGUCGGGAAUCGAGUUUGACUCUUACGACCGGCGGUAUCGCUGAUAAAGCAAUGCCUGGCUGGGCCCUGAUCGCAUACUUCGCAAGUGGCCUGACCGGGUUGACGCGAAACCUGGCGCUCGACCUCAAGCCACUUCGCGUCAAUGCUGUCGAGCCUGGAUUUGUCGACACGGGACUGUGGGACGCCACUCUCACGCCUGAGCAGAAGGCAGGAAUAAUGGAGGAUCUAGCAAAAAAAGUACCAGUGGGGAAAGCUGCUCAGGUUGAGGAUGUCGCCGAGGCUUAUGUCUACGCCAUGAAGGACAAGAACUGCAGUGGUGAAAUAAUCAAGACACGAGGCGGUGACCACUUGGUCUAA